AAUAACCAUAAGAACCACAUGACUUUCCUACUCUUUCACCAUUUCCCCCGCCACUUCCUCCGCCUAACUAUAAAUCCAUCUUCUUCUUCUUCACAACAACAAAUCAAUGGUUUUUUCAUCUUUACAACCAAAAUCACAACUAACCCAUUUCAUCUUUUUCAAUUUCAAUCACAUCUGUACAAAAAAUUACACAUUUUGACAUAAAAAUUGUUACUAAUGGAUGCGUACUGUUCGGACUGUAGAAAGAGCACAGAAGUUGUAUUUGAUCAUUCAGCAGGUGAUAUGGUUUGUUCAGAAUGUGGGUUAGUUUUGGAAUCUCAUUCGAUUGAUGAAACAUCUGAGUGGAGAACUUUUGCUAAUGAGUCGGGUGAUAAUGACCCGGUUCGAGUUGGUGGACCGAAUAAUCCGUUGCUUUCUGAUGGUGGGUUAUCCACAGUGAUCUCAAAACCUAAUGGAACUACUAGUGAUUUCUUGACAUCGUCUUUGGGUCGAUGGCAGAAUCGUGGGUCGAAUGCUGAUCGAUCUCUUAUUUUGGCUUUUAAAGCUAUUGGGGUUAUGUCUGAUAGGUUGGGCCUGGUUGCAACCAUAAAGGACCGAGCUAAUGAGAUAUACAAGAAGGUAGAAGAUCAAAAAUCUAGUAGAGGAAGGAACCAGGAUGCUAUAUUGGCUGCUUGCCUAUAUAUUGCUUGUCGACAGGAAGACAAGCCUCGAACUGUGAAGGAAAUUUGCUCUGUUGCGAAUGGAGCUACAAAGAAGGAAAUUGGCCGAGCAAAGGAAUACAUAGUGAAACAACUAGAGCUCGAGCUGGGUCAAUCAGUGGAAAUGGGAACUAUACAUGCUGGGGAUUUCAUGCGACGCUUUUGUUCAAAUCUUGGGAUGACGAAUCAAGCAGUUAAAGCUGCUCAAGAAGCAGUCAAAAAAUCUGAAGAGUUUGACAUAAGGAGAAGUCCCAUUUCGAUUGCUGCAGCAGUUAUCUACAUAGUCACUCAGCUUUCGGAUGAGAGGAAGCCAGUUAAAGAUGUGUCGCUUGCAACUGGGGUUGCUGAAGGUACGAUCCGGAAUUCCUUCAAGGAUCUAUACCCACAUCUCUCAAAGAUAAUACCAAAUUGGUAUGCACAGGGUCAGGACCUAAAAAACCUCAGCAGUCCUUGAUGAAGGUAAGCUAACCAUGUCAACAAGUGACAAUUUUUUUCAAAAAUGCCUUCAAGAAUGUUGUGUACCGGAGGACCCUUCGAUGAAAUUAACAGGAGGAGAAGCUUCUUUUACCCCAAGAUGUGAGCUAAUACACAUUAAAUUAUUAAACAGUUCUAACUUAGGAUAGAACUUCAAGUUAAAUUACAAGUUGUAAAUGUUUUUUCCUUCAAGUGAUACUCUUUCUUCAUAGACUACUGUACUGAGAUUAACAUAAAAAUGUAGUUUCCAAAUUUAACUUCAUCACUUGUGCAUCAUCCUCUAUAAUUGUA